AUGAUUGUAUUACAACACAGUGAGAUAAUAGCAUCAUUUGAAAAAAGCAUCAUUCAAAAGGUGCAUCGAUAUAGUAACAGAUUAUACGCGAAUUUGCGUGGUGUUGUGUCAAAAAAUGCAAUUGAUCACAUUGCGGCAGAGUAUGACCACGUGAAGUAUGUAGGUAUUGAUCAGACUGAGUGUCGUUGCACAAUUAGGACAACACAUGGUCUACCUUGUGCAUGUGAAAUAGCCAGGUAUAGUAUGAUCUCACGUUCCAUUCCAUCAGACUCUAUUCAUGUUUGGUGGAGUAAAUUAACUUUCCAUGUUGAUGCAUCGAGUAAACCUUCAGAGUUAUCUGUGAAAUAUGAAAUAGAUGUCAUAGUGAAAAAGUUUGAAGAACUUGAUGUACCUGGCAAAAUUUCACUUAAAGGUAAAUUACGAGAGAUCGCGUAUCCAUCGACUACGUCGAUGUUUCCACCGGUUGCCAAGGUUAAAACAAAAUGUGCACCAAAAAAAGGCAAAACACUAAGUAAAGUAGAAAAGCUCGCACCUCGACCAUCAGUCCAAAAGCUCACACCUCGACCAUCAAUUAGCAAAGUUCAACAACUAAGAGCUCUCCGCUUCAAAGAUUGGUUGCCAGUUGAAAUUCAUAAAUUCAUAGAUGAGAUUAUUGAUGUCGGUGAUGAUGGUAAUUGUGGAUAUCGUGCAGUUGCAACUUUACUUGGAAUGGACGAGAACUGUUGGGCAUUCAUCCGUCAACAGUGUGUGAUAGAGCUUCAAGAGUUCAUGUCUGAUUACGAGAUACUAUUUGGUGAAGAAAAUUAUGUUCGACAACUUAUACACAAUGUGUAUGUUGAGCAAGUUGCAUCGAAGGAUAAUUGGAUAACACUUCCAGAAAUGAGAUAUGUAAUUGCUUCGAAGUUUAACUUGGUUGUCGUCACAUUAUCACUUAACCAAUCGCAAACAUAUUUUCCACCUCGAAGUCCACCACCAACAUCUAUGUCAGAUCAUCGUGUGAUUGUUAUUGCAUUUGUUAACAACUGUCAUUUCGUACAGGUUUACUUAAAGUCAUAUUCCCCUAUACCACCAACAAGUAAUUUGUGGAAAAAUUAUUGCAAUGAAGAAGCACGACAAUGA